UUUCGCUCUUUUCUCUCCUUUUCUACGAAUAGAAACUGCUCCUAAAUUAGACAACUCGACGCUGCGUUCCAGAAAAUUCCUAAACCAAAUAAAAGUAAAACAACAUAAUAAAAAGUCUGUCGCGUUUGAGCGACAGAGGGUCUUAUUAGGGUCGGGAGAUAAAACAGGAAUUAGCAUAAUGGAGGCUAGCGAUGCUAACGUUAGAGCCAAAUCAGGGACUGAAGAAGAAAAACAUCUGACAGCUUCUGAUGAAGCCAUCACAUUUAUGUCUUCCAUUGAGCCUGCGGAGCUACAGAGGUGUGUGUUUUCAGAGUCUCUGGCGGUGAUGUCAGAGAAUGGCAGUGACCUUGGGACCUUCAGUGUAUCUGUGGAGUUUUCCCGCAGAGCCCAGCAGCCUUGCGUGCUGCUGCAUGCUCAAAGCCAGGGAGUCAUCGAUGGUUGCCCCUGUGGGACAACGGUCACAGCCUACAUAAGUGUUGAACUGGAGGUUCUGGAGGAGGACUACCAUGAGUACGUUGAGCUGGAGGGUCACAGUGUGGACAAGAAAUGUUACCUGGUGCAGCAUGACGGGCAGAUGGUGAUCAGCAAAGUUACCACUGUUGGACAUGAGGAGACAAAAGAGAGUGUCUGUUAUCCCAUGACUGCCCUGAGGGGGCUGGUCACUGAGGGCUCCAGCCUGCUGAUGAUGCGUCUGAUCGCUCUAAGGAAGAAACUUCCCAAGAACAUGAGCUUUGUCUCUUUGGACCAGAGAUUGCAGACCAGCCACACCACUUUUAAUGAGCUGGGUUUAAAGCAGCUGGAGAUUGGUGGUGAAGUCCUGGAGGGGUUUGGAGUACAGAGGACUGUUCACUGUGGGGAGGACACCCCUGCUGCCUGGCAGUGCUACCUGCUUGAUGAUGGGCACUUGGUCAGCAGGAUGCAGGUGGGAUCUCCCGUCACUAUGAAGCUUGUGCUGCUGCCACCAAAGACAGAGAAAAACUUCGAGAAGAUCCCUCUUGCAUGGGAAGAAGACUUGCAAAUGGUGUCUGAGUUCUCAGACAGAAAGGAGGAGCUGAAGGCGGACCAUACUUCAUAUCUGAGACAACACCCAGAGAUCAGAGCCCUCCUGUCUGACUUCUUGCUGUCGCUGCUGCUGAGGAAACCAAAUAAUGUCUUUCAGUUUGCCAGAGAGUACUUCCUUCCUUUCGCUCCUCGCCGUUCUCCACAGCCAAACCUGAAUGCUCAGGCACAAUGAAAACAUUUCACCCUGUCGUUUUGGUUUAAAGUCCACAUGUUGCUUAUUGUACAUUUUAAGUUAGAGUUUAAUGAAGAGUAAAAAAAAAACGUAUUAAACUGUGGGGAUGUAGGAAGCGUGCUUAAACAAAUGUAAUAAAUUAUUCUUUUUUUUA